UACAACAAGGUCUUCUUGGGGGGCCACUCCUCCCCUACUACUACUCGGCAUGAGCCCUUAACAACGAAGCCUCGCCGCCGCCGUCCCCUCCCUCUCUCUGCCGGAUCCUCCACCCGCUUCCGCUCUUCUCUCUGUCCAGUACGGGUGGAGAUCCAUCCAUCCGGGCGAGGACUCGUUCGUUCAUGUGUCGGUGAGUGAUCCUUGCUGCUUGGAUGGAUUCCUUUGUUCUAAAGAGUUGGUUUUGUUCUUAAUCAAACCCAGAUUCUUCUUCCUCUCCAUCAAUUUGGUUAGUUGUGGGGUUGUGUGCUGCGUGGUGCGCUACUAAUCCAAUCGAUCCAUCCGUCCAUGGUUCCAUCAGUUUUUUUUAGAUUCGGGCUCAAAAGUGAAGUCCGCCCUUGGAGAUGCAUUGACGCAAAAGAGAAAAAAAGGAAUGACGUGAAAUAGUGUGAAAUCUUUGUCCUGGAAGCAAGAAGCCAGGAAUCAUUGGUGGUUAUGGAAAAUGAUAAUGGCGAUAUCGACGAUUUGGGAUCAGGGUGGCUUGAAGUUAAAAAGAAACAUCGAUCCAGCUCAAAAUUCACAUUGCAGAGGUCUUCAGGAGGUUCCGGCCAUAAAACUCCGAACUUGUCUUCACAGUCUCAGACUAACUAUAGCAGUGGCAGUUCAAGGUGGAGUGACAGGGACAGGCUGCAAUCCCCACCAUCGGGCAUAAAGGCUAUUGUUGGUGUCGAUGAAUUGGGUAGUAGAGAAACUACUAAUGUUCAUGCUGAAGAAUGCACUGAUGUAGGUGCUAGUGACCUGAAGUGUGCCUUAAAUGCUUCAGCCUCAGAGUAUGCAGUAAAAAAACCUGAAGAACUGCUGCUGGAUGAAGAAACAAGUGAACCUCCCCAAACAAGUCAGAUUGAUCAUGUAGAUCUGUCAGUGCCUCAGAAAUCCUCCACCUGUUCAGGCGGUCUUCCAAAAUGCGCAGAUCUUUCUGAUCUUAUCACAGAUUCUCCAAAAACAGAAUCAGUAGGUGUUCUAUCCAGCACUUCUGUCAAGUUUGGAGACUUUGAUGAAGUCUCAGGUCUAUCAUUACCCUCAGAUGCAUACGGAGAUAAUAAUUCUUCUAGGAACUACAUGCAUGAUGAAGAUGCUGCACAAUUCAGAAAUGAACUUAAAGAUGAAAGUAAACUCAAAGUAGAUUUGAAUUCUUGUAGAAAAAUUGAUGAGACAUCUUCUAUUAUGGUUCAAGGAGCGGAGAAACCCAAUGAUGAUGAGAGAGGGCCAUUGGAUGCACCUGAAAUAUCAGAAAGUACUUUGGAUGUUAGUGGUUCAACAGCCUCAACUCACUCUGUUUCCCUAUCCUGCUCCAAUAAUGAUCUUGAAGUUCCAGUUACAACUUCAUCUGUUGCUUCCACAGAAAGCAGAACGUUACUUCAUGACCAUGCACCAUCUUCUGCAGAUUUUGGGGCUGAAACUGCUGAGAGCAAAGAAAGAUUCAGGCAGAGGCUAUGGUGUUUUCUUUUUGAGAAUCUGAAUAGGGCUGAAGAUGAACUUUACCUCCUCUGUGAACUAGAAUGUGACAUGGAGCAAAUUAAUGAAUCCAUACUUGUUCUUGAAGAAGCUAUAUCUGAUUUUCAAGACCUGAAAUCCAGGGCAGAGCAUUUUGAUAACACGAAAAAAUAUUCUGGUGCACCGAAGGAGGGGAUGCCAAUGACUGUGAAAGCUGACCAUCGGAGACCUCAUGCCUUGUCUUGGGAGGUCAGACGGAUGACAAGUUCACCACACAGGCAAGAAAUACUGUCUUCAUCUCUAGAGGCCUUCCAGAGAAUCCAAUUGGAACUGGCAUGCAAACAGGCUGGUAUAACACCAGAGAUAUUUACAUCCAGCUCUUCUGGGGAAGUUUUAGGUAGCUCAGCAAAGCUGACUAGAGCAUCGGCUACUGUUGGGAAUAUAAGUUUGAAAGUGGAGAGUCAGGUGAAACUUUCUGGUGUUAGCGAGAAAAAGAUUACUGGAGAGAAGCAAAGCAGGGAUGCAUCUAAGUCAGGUAAAUCACCUCCACAAAGUAUGCCAUCACAUUCUGCAAGGAGCAGAAGAGGAGCACUAGAACCAAUCUCUGAAAUAGAGAAACACAACUCUAAGAAGGACAAGGAAUCUCCAGAAAAUAAAUUUGACAGGCUCAAGUCAACAGAUGUUAAAAAGAGUACUUCUCAUCUUGAAAAGGAGAAGCAAAAUACAACACCUUGGAAAUCAAUGGAUGCCUGGAAGGAGAAAAGAAACUGGGAAGAUAUAUUGAAAUCUCCUCCUGUGCAGAGUUCUCGCGUUUCUCAUUCUCCUGGUCUUGGCAGAAAAGUUGCAGAUCGGGCUCGUGUUCUACAUGACAAGUUGAUGUCGCCUGAAAAGAAAAAAAGAAGUGCUUUGGAUAUGAAAAGAGAAGCGGAAGAAAAGCAUGCACGAGCGCUGCGAAUUAGGAGUCAACUGGAAAGUGAGAGGGUUCAGAGGCUACAGCGUACCUCAGAAAAAUUAAAUCGUGUCAAUGAGUGGCAGGCCGUGCGCAGCUCAAAACUGCGAGAAGUAAUGAAUGCACGCCAGCAGCGUGGUGAAUCUCGUCAUGAAGCAUUUCUUGCUCAGGUUGCUAAAAGAGCUGGUGAUGAGAGUAAUAAGGUCAGUGAGGUCCGUUUUAUUACAUCACUAAAUGAAGAAAAUAAGAAAUUUUUGCUGAGGCAGAAACUUCAUUAUUCCGAAAUGCGGAGAGCUGAAAAGCUACAGGUGAUCAAAACAAAGCAAAAGGAGGACACUGCAAGGGAAGAAGCUGUUUUGGAACGAAGAAAGUUCCUUGAAGCUGAGAAGAUGCAGCGUCUUGCUGAAAUACAGCGCAAGAAAGAAGAAGCUAUUGUCAGAAGAGAAGAGGAGCGCAAAGCAUCUAGUGCUGCACGAGAAGCGAGGACUGCAGAACAGCAACGUAGAAAAGAAAUAAGAGCAAAGGCACAACAAGAGGAAGCUGAACUUUUAGCCCAAAAAUUAGCUGAAAAGCUCCGGGAAAGUGAGCAGCGCCGCAAGUAUUACCUAGAACAAAUACGUGAGCGAGCUUCAAUGGAUUUUAGGGAUCAACCUUCACCUUUUCAACGCCGCUUUCCAAGUAAAGAUAGCCAUUGCCGUUCUACUUCUGCUAAUAGUGGGGAAGAUUCACAGAUAACAGGCAAUUCCAGUGCUGCAGAGUCUAUUGUUAAAUCAUCUAAUAAUGCACAGAUAAAACGAAGGAUUAAAAAGAUUCGCCAGCGAUUAAUGGCUCUAAAGCAUGGAUUUGUUGAACCAGCCAUAGGUGAGAAUACAGGAAUUACGCACAGGGCUGCUCUAGGAGCUGCCAAAGCUAAGUUAAGUAGAUGGCUUCAAGACCUGCAGAGACUUCGUCAAGCUAGAAAAGAAGGUGCUGCGAGCAUUGGUUUAAUUGUUGGUGAUAUAACAAAGUAUUUAGAAGGGAAGGAUCUUGAACUACAUGCCUCUAGACAAGUUGGUUUGCUUGAUUUCAUUGCAUCCGCCUUACCUGCCUCUCACACUUCAAGGCCUGGAGCUUGUCAAGUCAUUGUCUACCUUUUGCGCCUGUUGAGAGUUUUGCUCUCACUUCCAGCUAAUCGAGCUUAUUUUCUAGUGCAAAAUCUUUUACCUCCUAUUAUUCCCAUGCUAUCAGCAUCACUGGAGAAUUACAUUAAGGUGGCAGCAUCCAACUCUGGAAAUUCAAAUCUUCUGUCUAGCAAAACUUCAACUGAAAACACAGAGUCAAUAGGUGAAGCGUUAGAUGGCUUUUUAUGGAGUGUAACCGUGAUUGUUGGCCAUGCACACCUUGAUGAUGAACAACUUCAAAUGCAGGGAGGAUUGAUUGAACUGAUUGUAGCUUAUCAAAUAAUUCAUCGUCUGCGAGAUCUUUUUGCCCUUUAUGAUAGACCCCAGGUGGAAGGAUCCCCACUCCCAUCAUCUAUACUCUUUGGUCUCAACCUUUUGGCUGUCUUAACAUCGAAACCUGGAAAUUUCUCUACAGUUGAUUGGGAGUCUUGCAAAUGCAGAGCUCUAGGUGGCAAUUUAGUUCAAGAAUAUGAAUAUCUAAGUUUACAAGACAGUGUGGGGAACCAGUUGAUAACACUUGACCAGUCUGGAGACACCAAAUUGCCAUCGGUGUGUAGUGAACAGACUGAAGAAAAUGAAUCCUCUGAACAACAUGAGUUGAGCAUUCCAGGGGAUGGAAAAUUGGUUGAUGAAGCUAAAAAGGACUUGUUAGCCCUCUCUGCUGACCUGGACAACUCAGCAAUGCAAUCGUCUGAUUUAGGAGUUUCUACAGAGGUGCAUUCUGAAAUUCCUAACCAGGGAGAUGAAAAUAGAACAGUGGAUGGCUUUUUUGAAGGAAGAAAGGUGAAUAAUGUGUGUUCAUUUCCUAAUGAUGUUCCUGGAAAAUGCAACGAGACGAACCUAAAACAGCCUGUAGGGCUUGUACUUUCUGCAAUGGCUGCAACUGGACUUGUUAGUCUACCUUCACUUUUGACAGCUGUGUUGCUCCAGGCAAACAACAGAUCGUCAUUAGAACAGAAAAAUGAUAAACUCAAUUUUCAGACUUCAGCGGUUCUUCCAUCAAAUUUUGAAGAAGUGGCCACUGGCGUAUUGAAAGUUUUGAACAAUAUGGCAUGUUUGGAUAUAACCCUUCUGCAGUGCAUGCUUGCCAGAUCAGAUCUGAAGAUGGAGUUUUUCCAUUUAAUCAGCUUCCUUCUGAGUCAUUGCAUGAAUAAAUGGAGAGUACCAAAUGAUCAGGUUGGUUUACUGCUUCUAGAAUCUCUGCUACUUCUUGGCUACUUUUCAUUGUUCCAUGCUGGGAACCAAGCUGUUCUUCGGUGGGGAAAGAGUCCCACCAUACUUCACAAGGUCUGUGACCUGCCUUUUGUUUUCUUCAGCGACCCCGAGUUGAUGCCCAUUUUGGCCACUGCUCUUAUCGCUGUUUGUUAUGGUUGCGACCAGAAUAGAAGUGUUGUACAACAAGAAAUAAGCACGGAUAUGCUUCGUUCUUUGCUGAAGUCCUGUCAAACUUCAGGAUUAACUCCUUCAGAUUCCAUUGCUGUAGAUGGUUCUGGAACGAACAAUUCUAGUGACAACUUGCAGAAGUUACUGGAUACCAGAAACUCACAAGGUGACAUCCCAAUAAGGUCAAGCCGCAAAAGUGGACGGCCAAUUGUUGGGAAAGGUGCUUCAGGGUUCAUCAGAUUCAACAGAAAUAAGGUUCAGAAGGAUGGUAGAGGAGCAAGAGCCAUUGAUGAUGGGCCUCUGAAGCAAAGAGCUGGAGAAGCCUCAUUUACCUUUUUGUUGCAUAGAAAAAUCCCAGCUUCUUUCUUGGAUAGAGCCGAGGAGUUCUUCUGCAGCGGGACAUGAAUUCGGCUCUGUAACUGACCAGACCUUUAGCACACAAGCUACUGAAUUCACGAUUUUGCGACAAUGGUGCUUCAGGCUAAUAUACCAUUAGGCAGUCGGAACUUUGUCUCAAAACUUUAGGCAAACGAAACGUCAUUCUGGGAUUUAACCGUAUAGUUUUGAAAACAGUAAUGACUUUUUUUUUUUUUUUUUUGGAGAUGCACCGCAAUGCAUGCCUAAGUUAGCAAGAUCCUUAUCCAAAGAAUUGUGCAGAAAAAUGUACUGUAAUAUGAAAAUGUGGCUACACAAGGAAGAAAGGAACUGAGGUUGAUACUA